AUGGCGGAUUUUAUAGAAACUUACAGUUUAUGUUGUUUCAUUAACUUUUUACAAGCAUCCCAUUGCGUGCAUACACAAAGAGGUGUGAUCUCUGCAGCUCACGUGUCAGUACACGUGGGACAAAUUCAUCUGAAAAAAGCAAGUGAAUAUACGCAAAUACACGGUGUGCAGGAGAUUAUACUUCAUCCGCAGUUUAGAAGUAACAGCUUUAACAAUGACAUUGCUCUAAUAAAACUGAACUCCAACAUAACGAUGAACAAGUACGUGCAACCCGUCUGUCUGUGGACCAUGGACAGCAAUCAGGAAAUGAUUGUAGGCAAAAACGGAACGAUCGUUGGAUUCGGAUUGAACGAGCAGGAUGUUGUGUCGGAUCAACUGAAACAGGCAUUGAUUGGUGUGAUCGAUCCGUUGACGUGCAUCGCAAGUGAUCGUGCAGCAUUUGGACCUGUGCUGACGUCGGAUAUGUUCUGUGGGAAAGGACAGACGGGUGUGAGUGCGUGCAAUGGAGAUAGCGGUGGCGGCAUGUUCUUUGAAGUCGGUGGCAAAUGGUUUGUGAGAGGCUUGGUGUCUUUUACUCCGCUGCGUGGAAAUACCCGACUGUGCGAUCCACUCAAGUACACGGCGUAUACCGAUGUGGCCAAGUACCUAGAAUGGAUUAAGAAGUAUAUUGAUCAGCGAGUGCUGUCUUUCGAAAGCGAUGUGCUGAAUAUAGACUAUGAAGAAAAAUUACGAUUAUUCAACUUCAAGACAUGCGGUGUGAUAUCGGCCAUAGAUACUAUAGAUGGUACUACUAAAUGGAAACUGCCCUGGAUUGGGUUUGUCACACCGCAGAAUACCAAUGAAUAUAGAUGUGUUGUUACACUCAUAAGCGAAUGGUAUGCAGUAGGACCUGCUCAUUGUUUCAGGAAUGACGGCGAUGAUUCCAGCAAUAUUGAGGAUAAUAUUGCUCUUAUCGAGCUGCUGGCCCCAGCAGACACUACACUGCCGUACGUGAAGCCUAUCUGCCUGCCUGUAACGGCUGAGCUUAGAACGAACGCAAAGACAAACUUACACGUAGCAACGGAUUCAACGACUGAUGAGCAUUACUACAAAAACAUGCCCGUCCGCUAUCUAGAGUCUGCUGAGUGUAUGAAACAGUACACAAAACAGAAUAUCACGUUGAAUCUGGGAAACAAUAGACUCUGUGCAGAAAUAGCGAGCAAGCAGGACGAACAAAAUUGUAAACCACUUAUAGAGGGAUCACCACUCCAGGAAAUGAAGAUUGUCGGGGGCAAGGAGCAAUACUUUCUGCGUGGAUUCGAGCUCCACGGACGGGCAUGUGAUUAUGAAUCUGCACCACCAAUGUACAUCAAUAUCGAACGAUACAUGGACUGGAUACUGUACAACAUGAAAUACAACGUUCUAGAAGAGGUGGAUGGCGGUUUCUCUUACUAG